AUGAAUCACACGUCUGCACCCGACAGGCAGCAGCACGACCCUAAUGUGAAGGUUGAAGAGAUGGAAACACAAGAAGUGGAGACUGUAGAAACUGCUACUGAAAAGACUUGGGAAAAAACUUGGGAAGACGAUUUAAUGAGAGGCCGUAUUACCCCCAAUGGAGGUGUGGUGAUGUCUGAUGUUAUGAAGAAUCAAGAGACUUCUGAAAUGCCUCAACUGGCAUGUGUUGAUGCUGAAAUGGAAGAUGACGAAGCAAGAUCAGAAGCAACAUUUCGCUUCACAGUACAUAACUUUAAAACUAUCAAGGAUUCAGUGUUAUCGCCACCCUGCUAUGUUCGUAAUCUGCCAUGGAAGAUAAUGGUAAUGCCAAGACAGGCUCCAUCGCCUGAUAAACAACAACAGAAGUCCCUUGGAUUCUUCUUGCAGUGUAAUGGAGAGAGUGAGUCAUCUAGCUGGUCUUGCUUUGCUAUGGCUGAGUUAAGGCUCAUCUCUCACAAACCUGACACUGAACCUUUUCAUAGAAAGAUCCAGCAUUUAUUUUAUAGUAAAGAGAAUGAUUGGGGAUUCUCUCACUUCAUGUCUUGGAAUGAUGUCUUAGAUGGCGAAAAAGGCUAUAUUAAGGAUGAUACAAUUACUUUAGAGGUCCAUGUCAGUGCUGAGGCACCACAUGGUGUCUCUUGGGACUCAAAGAAACACACUGGAUAUGUUGGAUUGAAAAAUCAAGGUGCGACCUGCUAUAUGAACUCACUGUUACAAACGCUUUACUUUACUAACCAAUUGCGAAAAGCUGUUUACAAAAUGCCAACAGAGUCUGAUGAUAGUACUAGGUCUGUGGCAUUAGCCCUCCAGCGAGUUUUCUAUGAGCUGCAAUUCUCUGAUAAACCAGUUGGAACCAAGAAGCUGACAAAGAGCUUUGGCUGGGAGACACUUGAUUCUUUUAUGCAGCAUGAUGUACAGGAAUUCUUGAGGGUAUUACUAGACAAGCUGGAAAGCAAAAUGAAGGGUACAUGCGUAGAGGGCACAGUGCCAAGAUUGUUUGAGGGUAAAAUGAGCUCAUACAUUAAAUGCAAGAAUGUCAAUGUGUCCAGUACAAGAGUUGAGACCUUCUACGACAUUCAGUUGAAUAUCAAGGGGAAAAAGAACAUUUACGAAUCAUUCAAAGAUUACAUAAACACGGAGACGCUGGAUGGUGAGAAUAAGUAUGAUGCUGGAGAGCAUGGGCUUCAGGAGGCAGAGAAGGGGGUGAUAUUCGCGACUUUCCCCCCCGUGCUGCAUUUACACCUGAUGAGGUUCCAAUAUGACCCCAUCACUGACAGCUCUGUCAAGUUUAACGACAGGUUUGAAUUCUACGACCACAUCAACUUAGAUGCAUACCUACAAGAGAAGCCCGAAACACCAGCUGAUUACACCCUACACGCAGUAUUGGUACAUUCAGGAGACAAUCACGGGGGACACUAUGUUGUCUUUAUCAAUCCCAAAGGAGAUGGCAAGUGGUGCAAAUUCGAUGACGACGUGGUAUCUCGAUGCACGAAGCAAGAGGCAAUCGAAUACAAUUACGGUGGUCAUGAUGAGGACAUGGCCCUAACCGUACGACACUGCACUAAUGCCUACAUGUUGGUGUAUAUUCGUGAUUCACAAUUAAAGACAGUGCUCCAAGAAGUUACACAGGCUGAUAUUCCUACUGAACUCAGCGAAAGAUUAGCCGAAGAAAAGAGAAUUGAAACUAUUCGCCGUAAAGAGCGCAACGAGGCCCAUCUCUAUAUGAACGUGAAUGUGGUACUGGAAGAUGAGUUCGAUGGUCACCAGGGAAACGACCUCUAUGAUCCCGAAAGGGCUCACUUCAGGGUGUUCCGAGUAAGGAAGCAGGCGACCGUCGCAGAACUUAUGGAGACUUUGGCGGAGAACUUCCGCUACCCACAGAAACAUUUGCGCCCUUGGCCGUUUAGCGCCCGUUCUAACCAGACGUGCAGACCGACAUGCCUGGACGUAAUCAACGACCAGAACAAGACAAUAGCAGAUAUAUCGGAGAACAUUAAUCCAUGGAAUAUCUUCCUCGAAAUGCUCGCUCCGGAUUCUGGCUUCGCCACAUUACCCCCCUUCGAUAAGGACAAUGACGUAGUGUUGUUCUUCAAGUAUUACGACCCGAAGCAGAAGCGGAUCCAUUAUUGCGGACAUCAUUACUUGCCUAUCGCAAGCAAACCGGCUGAUCUCAUACCAAUACUCAAUAAGAGAGCAGGUUUCCCUCCAGACACACCCCUAGUUUUGUAUGAAGAAAUUAAACCUGACUUUGUGGAGAAAAUCAACAAUUACAACGACCCUCUCGAAAAGGUAUUGGACGAGCUGAUGGACGGCGACAUCAUCGUGUUCGAGCGAGCGGACAGCCGCCACGAGGAGCUGGAGCUGCCCACCUGCCAGGACUACUUCAAGUACAUCUUCUACAAGGUGGAGGUGCAGUUCGUGGACAAGACGGUGCCCAACGAUCCCGGAUUCACUAUGGAGCUGUCGAUGCAAAUGCGGUAUGACCAAAUGGCCCGCGCUGUGGGACAGCGUCUCAACGUUGAUCCCUACCUAAUACAGUUCUUCAAGUGCCAAAAUUACAAGGACACACCCGGUCUGCCCUUGCGGUACUCGUACGACGGAAUAUUGAAGGACUUGCUUGUCUACUGCAAACCAAAGUGCCCUAAGAAAUUGUUCUACCAGAUUUUAUCUAUUAAAGUGAACGAAUUGGAUAAUAAGAAACAAUUUAAAUGUUUAUGGAUUGGUCCUAAUUAUAAAGAAGAUAAAGAAUUAAUUUUAUAUCCCAAUAAAGGCGGUAAAGUCUCGGAUAUAUUAGAAGAGGCAGCUAAGGUCGUAGAAAUGUCACCGGAAGGAUCUGGAAGAUUACGAAUCGUCGAAGUGUCGUGUCACAAGGUGUUGCCAGGGCCGGACCCUGAGCUAACAUUGGACCAAGUGACAAUGUCACCUCCCAGACUUUACCGGAUAGAAGAGAUCCCGCAGGAUGAGCUGGAUUUACAGGAUGAUGAAAUGCUGGUCCCAUGCGCGCAUUUCUACAAGCAGGUGUACGCUACGUUUGGCAUUCCGUUCUACACGCGCAUCAAACACCACGAGCCCUUCCAAGCUGUCAAAGACCGCAUGCAGAAGAAGCUGGACAUACCCGACAAGGAGUGGGAGAAGUUCAACUUCGCAAUCAUUGUGAACGCAAGAGCUAAUUACAUAAGCGAAGGAGCUGUAGUGAACAUAUUCGACUUCAGGCCAAGUAGUAAUGCAAACCUGUCGCUUCCAGACUCCUCAGGACGGCCCUGGCUCGGCCUCGAGCACAUCAAUAAGACGCCAAAACGUUCGCGGGUUAACUACCUCGAGAAAGCCAUUAAGAUCUACAAUUGA